AUGGAAAGAACGAGUAUUUUGUUGAUUAUUGCAGCAGCUUCUUUUUUAGCGAUUUUUAAUGGUGUGGCCGAUGCUUUGAAAAAGGAUUCUGAGGUAUUCCAAGUUGGUGGCAAAGUCCUUUGCCAAGACUGCACCGAGGGAUGGAAUGAAUGGGUUAGUGGUGUCAAACCUAUCAAAGGUUGCAAGGUAUCUGUAACGUGUCUAGAUGACAGGAGCAGAAUUGUGCAUUAUGCAAGUGACUUAACAGAUGAUGUUGGGGAUUUUGAGAUUUCUGUGGAAAAAUACACCAAUGGGGGGAAGGAGCUCAAACCCCAAAAUUGCUUUUUAAGGCUAGUAUCAUCGCCGGAUCCUGUGUGUAACAUUGCCACCGACUCUGUCGGCGGGAAGACUGGGGUGAAGCUCCACCACCCGACCGUUGUGUACCGCGACAUUGUCAAGUAUGUGCUUGGCCCAUUCUACUACUCCACUCCCAUGUGUGAUGAACCUGAUACUAGUAUUAUUGAUUCUACUGAUGGGAAAGAAAGCAACUACUGA